AAGUCCGAUAGCAGCUUAAGCGACUUCCUCAGCGAUGAGGAAGAUCCCGGCUCUUGUGGAAAAUGCAGCAGACGCCAGAGGUCACGUAAUGCAUUGGAGUCCGGUUGUGUUGGGCACAAAGGGAAGGCUGUGGAGAUGAAAGCCAGCAGCUCUCCUGCCCGCCCCGUCCCCCUUCCCGAGCCAUCCGCGGGAGAACCUGCGGGAGAAGAACUGCGUGCCGUCAACUUGAGUCUCGACAGGCUGUCAACGCUGGGUCGGACCCACUUAGCCCGAGUGGUCAUCGAGAGCUUGAAGGCCCCGCUGGAAGGCAGCUCGCAGAACAACACCCCCGGCAAAAAGAGCUCCGUGGGGAAGCCCCCCAAGCCAGCGUCGGCUCCAAAAAGGACGUUCUUUGUCGAGUACCACUUUCCAGUGAAAGCUACGAAGAGUGGAACAGGGCAGGUGGCUGUAACCACAGAGAUCAUUCGGGUGGCUUCGAGUAAAAUCUCGAACGAAGUGGUGAAAUUUCAGCAGCGGUACGUGUUCCCUGUUCACUUCAGCGGAACGAUGAUCACCCACUGGUGGAGUUCGGACCUCGCGUUUAAUAUCUACUCGAAAAAGGGCGCCCAAAGGAAGCCGUUGCUGAUUGGCUCCGCAGCUGUUCCUCUGCGAGACGUAAUUCAGUCCGAGCAGCUGACCAUCCGUCGUGACUUGCCUGUGGAAGAGGAAGGUGGUUCGGCUCCGCUGGGACCUUUAAAGGUAUCACUGGAGCUCGCCGCCGACAACAAAGACUUCUCCAGCGCCAGUGCCAGGCCAGCAACCGUGACAUCGCAAGACCCGGUUUACUCCGUCACAAGCCCCGGGGUGAAGCUGCAGGCCGCCCCCGAGGACGUCACGCCUGUCAAAAGCCCCCACCUCUCGAAGCCCGGCAGUGUCCAGUUCCGCACGAAGAUCCACGAGGCUCUGCCCACGGCCCCACAAAAACUCAGCGUGGGUGCGAACCAGCCGCCGCCGCCCAGACCCGUGUCCCGUAGCCUGCUGACCCAGAUGGGCCCGUCGGAAGAGGAGGGUUUGCUGCUCCACGUCCUCUUGAUGGUGCCGGAAGGGAAGGACUUCGUUCCGGGAGACGCCGGGCUCCACGGCUCUUGCAACGUGUAUUUGAACUGCAAGCUCUUCAGCACGGAGGAAGCGACGAGGUCAGCCGUCAUGUGGGGGACGAGGCAGCCGACCUUCCAUUUCUCUCAGGUAACACCGAUUUCCCUGACCUCAAAGCACCUGCAGAGGCUGAAGAACAACAUCAUGGUCAUAGAAGCCUGGAACAAGAGGCCCAGCCCGGGAGGAGACCAGCUGCUGGGGCUGGUGAAACUUCCGCUGCAUCAGUUCUACAUGUCGUUCAAGGACCCCAAGAUCUCCGCCCUGCUGCUUCAGGCUCAGUAUCCGGUAGUUGCCGUGGACGGCUCUUUGCCCGUGGUCGACGUCUUCGCUGGCCACAGAAACGGGAGCCUGAAGGUCCUUCUGGCCAUGGGCUCGGCUGACCAGAUCGUGGCCCUGCAGAGGCUGAAGAACGAAGAAGGGGCUGUGCCCCCCGGCGUGCAGCGCUCUGCGCAUGCUCUGGAUCCCCCGGCGACACCGCUUCCAAAGGUAUUUUCGGAUAACUGGGGAGAAGGGCUCAUGGAGCACGUCUUUGAGGUCCACAUCGAGAGCGUGAAGGGGCUCACUCCGCUCCAGUCCACAGUCUGGGGAGAGGCCGACUGUUACGUCCAGUAUCAUUUCCCGGUUCAGGAGUCGGAGACCAGCGUGCUGCGCGGGACGGAAGUCUACGAGAGCGGUCUUCGGCUGAAGCCGUUCCGCUCAGCAACUACCCUCUGCAUCCCGGACCCCGUUUUCAAUGACGAGCGGCAUCACUCGUUGCUGGUCCCUGCAGACGUCCCAGUCCAGAGGCUGCUGCUCAGUGCUUUCUCCGCACAGGGGUUACCCGGAGGAGGAGGGAUCCAGUUUGAAGUCUGGUGCAGGUAUUACUACCCUAACGUCCGAGACCAGAUGGUCGCCAGAGGGACCUUGUCGCUGUCACGCCUGUGCGCCAUGGUGACCACGCAGCGACGAGAAGAAGUGGGGAUCCAGACCUUUAGCCUGCCCUUGAUCCCCAGAACCGAGGGCUCAGGGGAACCCAAAUCCUCAGGUUUGCUGGACGUAAGCAUAAGGUACCGGUGCUCCCUCAAAGCGGCCGAAGGAGUCCUGGCAGCUCAGGCUGUUUCUGUUUCCGUUCAAAUCCACCGAGCAGCCGGUUUGCAAGCAGCUGCCAGGGCCUUGGCUGAGAAGAACCCUUCGCUGCAAUACAGCGCAGAUGUUGGAGUAAACGCCUACGUGACGGUGUACCUCCCUUUCCUCCCCGAAGGGGAGAGACGCAGCACGCGAGCCGUGGCACGUACCUUCUGCCCGGAAUUCGAGCACCACACCGAGUUCCCGUGCAAUCUCGUGGUCCAGAGGAGCAGCGGCGAAGCGUGUUGUCUGGGGGAGCUCUUGCAGUAUUCCGAGGCUGUCUUCUCCGUCUUCCACCAGAACCUGAAUUCAGCUCCCAGAACGUCACAGGGUCAGGCUUCAAGGGAUUACCUCCUGGGAACCGUCAAAGUGCCAACCAGAGAGCUGUUAAUGAGAAGAUCAGGCAUUAGAGGCUGGUACCCAGUAACCCUCCCGGAGGAUCUGGUCCCUUCCCACGGCGCCAACGUCGUUCAAGCCGUCGUCGGAGGCCUGGAGCUUUCCGUGAGCUUCGCUCGCCCUGGGGACCGAGAACGUGUCCUGGACGCCGCUGCCCUCUUAGGCUGGAACUGGGAGGAGACCCUCGGGGAAAGCCCGCAGGACGACGACAGCGACUCUCCUCUCCCCCCGAAUCCUGCCACGGUGACGGUUUCAAUCCCCAGACUGUGGCUGCCGGUGCACUGCGUGUUGCCCGCGGGGCAGACACAGCUGCACAGAAGCACCCACGUCUACCUUCGCUAUAAACUGUACGAUCAGGAAGCCCGGUGGACGUCUCUCCGGAGGCCAAGGUUCGCGGAAGACCAGAGGCACGUGACGUUGGCCUUUAAGAGCAAGCGGGUGGACCUUCCAAGGAGCCCAGCGCUGUGGUGGUACUUCAGAGAGGAGAGGCUGGAGUUCCAGGUGUGGCGCGCUUACGGGAGCGAGAGGCACGCGGAAAGGCCGCUGGACACAGAUCGCCUGAUCGGGUCGGCGUACAUGGACCUCGCAGCGCUUGGGGGGGAUUCCAGAAGCGCGAGAACAGUCAGUGGCAUCUACCCCCUGUUCCGGCGCAACGCCUCAAACCUGUCGGGAGCCGCCGUGCGAAUUCAUAUCGCGCUCGCACCCGCCACCCCCCACGGCCUCGAGCCCGCCGAACACGGCGGCGGCAGCAGCAGCGAGUGCGAAGACGGGAGGGAGGCGCCCGCGACCAGCCAGCAAGACUUGGACUCUCAGCACCGCAAGCCGGAUUCCUCCGCCGUGGGGACCCCCGCUGAGAAACCCCCCGAGGCGUCUCCUGCUGCGGUUGAUCCCCACAAGACGUUUGCUGUCAGCAUUCUCGUGGAAAGAGCCAUGCACUUGAGCCUGAAAGGAAGCCCCCUCACCGAGCGCGGAGUGACAGCUCCCAACAGCUGCGUAUCGUUCGUGACGGCUGACCCAGACAGCCCUGUUACCACUGAAAUCGUGGAAAAAACCGAUUCACCCGUUUGGGAUUUUCAGCUGCAGACCAGGCUCUCCAAUGAACUGCUUCUGGAUCCCCAGCAAACCCUGGUCUUCAAAGUGUGGCACAAAGCAGACGUUGAGCGCGUGAUAGGCUUCGCGUCGGUCGAUCUCUCCCCCCUCCUCUCGGGCUUCCAGUUAGUCUGCGGCUGGUACAACAUCACGGAUUUCAGCGGGCAGUGCCAAGGACAGCUCAAAGUGGCCGUCUCUCCCCUUGAAAGUAUCCUUCAUCUCAAAGAAGAAAGGCAGAUCCCGGCAACAAGCCCCUUUGCGUUCCAGGCGAGGGACCUGUGCACAGCCCUCCCCACCUUUUCUACAAGAGGUGCCGAAGAACUCUUUCACCCCCUGUCCAAGGGCACUGAGGCCAGCCAUCAUGAGAGAACCGGAUCCUCCGCUUCCUCCAUGCCUCGUCACGAAGAGCACGUGCAGAACAUCCGCCGGUUCCACGAGUCCCUGCAGCAGGCGGAAGGGAAUGCGCACCGAGCCGGAAGGCUGGAUACCCUGUCCCAGUCCUCGCGCACCUCACUUCUCCGGGCUCUCAGGAAGAACAUGAGCGAACUGGAUGAGAUCAAGAGAUACUUCAGUCAAAAGCUAACCAGGUCUUUCCCUGACACGGGCGCACCAGACAGAAGUGCGGACGGACUCAGUGGCAGACACCCGAGUCCUUCCUCCGGGGCAGUAGAUCCCGAAGGGCGGCAUCUGUUAGAGAAGUCUAACCAGCUGGUGUCUCAAGUCAGCAGCCUGAUCAACGGCCUCAACCACAAUAUAACCAGAAACGCCACAGAACCUCCAGAGGCCCACGAAGGGUUCUCUUCACAUUUGGAUGCCCUUCCGGACCAGAGGGGGGGAGCAACCAGGACCAGUGAGGGGCCCAAAGACCUCCUGCGGAACGACGCCUCGAGCGGCCACGCAGGCGAAGGGCCGCUCUUCUCUCUGGAAGAGGCCUCCUUUGCACGGGGCAUGCUGUACGAAUUCCUCGGCCGAGCCAGCUCCCAAAGCGACCCCCCGUUGGCCAUCCCCGCAGCGGCCGAGGCCGCCGAGUCCCCCAGCGAGGACGACUACGAGGAGGACGUCAUAGAGCCCAGAACGCUGAACGAAAUCACCACCGCGACGGACAAAACCAGCCCCUGGUCCAGCCUCGUCUCCGAAGGGGAGCAGGACCGUGACCAGGAAGCGGCGAAGACGAGGGUCGCCGGCUGGCCAGAUGGCGGAGCGGAACCUUUCCUCGCCGGGGAGCGGGCCCAAAGCUCCUGGUCCAACGUCACCCAGGAGGACUCCCUGAGCAUCUCCAGCACCACCAGGUCUGGCGCCGGCCCCUCCGGAGGAGAAGGGGGUGGCGAAGGCGGGGCGGGGCAGGAACUCGAAGGCAGCCCCGAGGACCCACUCCGAUCCACACCAGCCUUAGGCGCAGAUGGCUUGAAUGACGGGCCUUCGGAAGAAGGAGAGACUGUGCAGGAAGGCGCCCUAGAAAUCCAGGCCGAAGACGCCGGUGUAGAACUGGCACCUUUCCCGGGUGGUGGAGGCUUUGCUCCGGAGUACGCUGCUGCUCCAGAGGCGGAGGAGGGACGGGAGGCGUCACGUUCAGACCCCCAAUACGAGGAAGUGGCCGAUUCCGAUGAGGAGGAGCACCGGAGUUCCCCCGAGUCGUCGGAAACCGCGCAGCAGGCAGACAGCAGCUCCCACGAGGGCGACCACGAUCCGCCCGAGGACUCGGGCGAGCCUCCGCAGCCCAGAGUCAUGUUGUCCGACCCCGUCGUGGUCCCCAAUUUCUUCCUUCCGCCACAGCAUCUGGAAGCCUCCAUGCGCCUGCUGAGCGUCUCGGCUCAUCCCCUGACCGCCACCGAUAAAGUAAGUAGCUUCCUGGUGCCGCCUUUGCCGCACUGGAUUUCAGCCUCUCCUCCUGAGCAGCGAGAGCGGAGGCCUUUCCGGCUGGCCUCUUCCGUAAUCGGUGCAGCUACCUUCCACGUAUAUACGCCCGCUAGGACCUGGGGACGGGGUUGCUGCCACCACCAUUCGUGCCCGCUCCUGGGCUGCCGGAGUAUCACUCCGGCUCGUUCCGGCCCCAAAUGGCCCCUGGAUAGCACCAAAAACUCAGUGUGA